GUGGUGAGCCCCGUCCCCGCGGCCGGGAUCGGCCUCGUCCUCACCCUCGCGGCUGCAGCAGUGGGCGGGGGGCUUGGGCCGGGCGGCGGCGGCGGCUGGGGGCGGCGAGGGGACCCCGCCCCUCCUCCUGCGGCGGGGACAGGAGCCGGCCGGCCUCGGCCUUCGGGAGCAGCGCGCCGCUGAGACCCGCCCGCCCGCCGGGCAGGUGAGACCCAGACCCGCCCCCGCCCCCGCGCCUGUGCCAGCCCUUCCAGCAGGUGAGUUCCUGGGAAACCUCCUCAUCUACGUUGCAAAAUCCCUCUCCAGGGACUGGUGACAUCAGAACUGCCUCCCAUCUCUAUCACUCAUUCUUCCCAGGAUAGGUGAGACCCUGGAAUGCUCUCCCUUGCUCAUCUCUGUCACAAACACUCCCCUACCUGGGGCUAUUCCUGAGGCACCUCUCCACUGCUACAGCUGCACACCCUCAGAACAGUUUAUCAACACCCUUCUUGAAUUGUGGGCACCAGAACUGGCCACAGUAUUCCAGCAGCCAAAUACAGAGAAAUUACUGUUCUGAGAGACAUGUCGCAAUACUACUCUUGUUUUUGAAUACCUGAAUUUGUUUGGAGACAAACAUAUAACAUGGGAGUUCUCCAUUCAUCAUGUUGUGUCACCAGCGGUGGCUGAGCUGAAAUUUCCUGCAUCUUGAGGAGAGCAUGUAUAAAAGGAAUGGCCUCAUGGCCAACGUGACCAUCACCUCCGCCACUCCAGAGGAUAGUAGCAGCUCUGACUCUUUGGAAGGAAGGAGUUCAGACUAUGCCAAUAAAAGCUACGAUGCGGUUGUAUUUGACGUAUUGAAAGUAACUCCUGAGGAGUUUGCAAGCCAGAUUACAUUAAUGGAUAUGCCAGUAUUUAAAGCUAUACAGCCAGAGGAACUAGCCAGCUGUGGAUGGAAUAAGAAAGAAAAACACAUCCUCGCCCCUAAUAUUGUUGCCUUCACAAGGAGGUUUAAUCAGGUCAGUUUCUGGGUUGUACGAGAAAUUUUAACAGCACAGACCUUAAAAAUAAGGGCAGAAAUAUUGAGCCAUUUUGUGAAAAUAGCUAAGAAACUUCUAGAACUGAACAACCUACAUUCCCUCAUGGCUGUGGUAUCAGCAUUGCAAAGCGCACCUAUUUUCAGGCUGACGAAAACUUGGGCUCUUCUGAAUCGCAAAGACAAGACCACCUUUGAGAAGUUAGACUACUUAAUGUCUAAGGAAGAUAAUUAUAAGAGGACACGAGAGUACAUCAGAAGCUUAAAGAUGGUCCCUACUAUUCCCUAUUUAGGAAUAUAUCUCUUGGAUUUAAUCUACAUCGAUUCUGCAUAUCCUGCAUCUGGCAGCAUCAUGGAGAAUGAACAAAGAUCCAAUCAAAUGAACAAUAUCCUCCGAAUAAUAGCUGAUUUGCAAGUCUCCUGUAGCUAUGAUCAUCUCAUAACUUUACCCCAUGUGCAAAAGUACUUAAAGUCUGUCCGCUACAUUGAGGAACUUCAAAAGUUUGUGGAAGAUGACAACUAUAAAUUAUCCUUAAGAAUUGAGCCAGGAAGCAGCUCUCCUCGACUGGUCUCCUCCAAGGAAGAUCUUGCAGGUCCAUCAGAGGUGUCAGCAACUGUGAGGUUCAGCAGAAGACCAACUUGUCCUGAUGCCUCAGUGGCAGCCAGCCUCCCAACCCCUCCUGUACCAAGACACAGGAAGAGUCACAGCCUGGGAAACAAUAUGAUGUGUCAGUUCAGUGUAGUUGAAAGUAAAAGUGCAACGUUUCCAACAGAGAAGCCACGCCACCUGCUGGAUGACAGUGUCCUAGAAUCCCACAGUCCUGUCAGAAACCACACUCUAAACUCAGUUUUCACCAAUGGAAUUUCCAUAGGAAGUAGUGAAAGUUCAGAAUUUAGUGAGGAGCUGUCUUCAGGACUUGAAAGGGGUCGGCUGUAUGCCACGCUGGGGCCUAACUGGCGGGUACCAAUUCGGAAUUCUCCCAGAAGUCGAAGCUGUGUCUACAGCCCAACAGGGGCCUGGAGCUGCACAUUAGGGAGUUCAACAGGAGUCAUUACCAUGGAAGGGCCUUUAAGAAGGAAGACGUUACUAAAGGAAGGCAGAAAGCCUACACUCUCCUCAUGGACUAGAUAUUGGGUUACACUUUCGGGAUCAACUCUUCUCUACUUCGGAGCAAAGUCAUUAAGAGGCACAGAAAGAAAACAUUAUAAAUCUACUGCUGGUAAAAAAGUCUCUGUUGUGGGCUGGAUGGUGGCACUGCCUGAUGAUCCUGAACAUCCUGAUAUUUUUCAGCUAAAUAACCCUGACAAAGGCAAUAUUUACAAGUUUCAGACUGGGUCAAGGUUUCAUGCAAUACUGUGGCACAAGCAUUUGGAUGAUGCAUGCAAAAGCAACAGGCCUCAGGUACCUGCUAACCUUAUGUCAUUCGAAUAACUUGCAUCAGUAUGUGAUGUGACUUCAAGUGCCAAACUGUAGGAUGGGAAUAUCUUUCCCUUAGGAGAAGGGGAGAAGGAGCUCCCUAAUGUGAGCCAGCUGCCCCAGACGAGAUUACUUCAGCACUUUUCUAUGUAACUUGAAAGUGAUUUUGACACAGCUUUUAAAAGCAGAAAGUGAAUGUUGUCCUUAGGACCAGAUAUAGUCUCAUGCACUGAACAUAAGUAGACAAUUUAGACAGACUGAAGAUGAGUCCUGACUGAUGCAGGAUCCUGGAAACCUUGACUUUAACUUUGUGGUCACAAACUGCCCUGGACUAAUGUUUGACCACAAACUGUGCAUCACAUCUUCUGCCUAUUCUUUUUUAAACUGUUCUUUUUAUUGUUAAGCUGCUUUAUGUGACUGAAGAACAUUUAGCCCAUGUUGGGUUUUCAAUUCUUUCUAAUGCACAAAAUGAUUGACAGUGUUAACUUGCUGCAAAGUGUCAAUUAGAAUAGAAAAUUGUGGAACAACAUUUUUAUAACCUAAGUGCACUGAGUUGCUUGGCAAUGUGGUUGCCUCAGAUUUUGUAUCAAAUCUCUGGACAAUUCUGCAGUUCAUAUUUGAGCUAUUUGGGAAAUGUGUAUUUUGGCACAAGAUAAAUAGUUUAAUUUAGUAUUUCUUUCACUUGAAUAUUGUACUUUUAAAUAUAAUUUAAAGGACGAGUGAAUGGUCCAUUGCUAUUUAAAUUCACUUUGUUACAGCUUUUCUUGGGUUUUCUUACUCCUAAGGAUAAAUUGGCCUUAUUUUCCCCUUCACAAUGGGUGCUAUUCAUCUAAAAUCCCUAGCUCCGUGGAUGCAGGUAUUUGGAUCUUCCCAGCCACCUCCUGACUCCUCAGAAUGGCUGAACUUUCCACUCACUGUUCCACUCUCAUGUGGAUGAUCCAGUCCCACUCAGCAGCUGCAUGUGCACACACAUCACCUGGUAGACAGAAUAACACCACUAGUACUUCUAUCAUGAAGGCCUCUGUUCCUCUGAAAUCAUGAUGGAGGUGAGAUCUAGGCUGGACUGAUUGGUAUACCAGGAGCCACCAACCCAGUAUCCUGGAAAGAGGAAAUGAACCGAAUGUAAGAGACCCUUCUUGCCAGGAGAAACCUCCUGCUUCUCUUUUCCCAGGUGUGCCUUAGCACUACCUGCUGGUCAGAGCUUUCUGCUAUUCUCACCUUGAUUUCAGAAUUCUUCACAUUUUAGUCACAUCCUUCUGCUGGUCAGUGUUCAGGCUUUCAUCCAUCAAGGAUGAAUCAUUGCAUGAAGCUCCCACCUGACUUUCAGCUAGGCUUUCAGAUGCAUUGGUCAUGGCAUUAAAAACCCUCACUCUGCAGCUCCCCAAGAAUGAGCCAAAAUGGUGAGCUAGGUGGGAGAGUGCUGUGAUUCGACCACAGGCUUGCAGACCAUGAAAGACCAGAAAUAAUUUUGGAUGAACAGAGUCCUACAUCAAAACAAGUGCCCAGUCAUUGGGAUAUUCUGUUGAUCUCACAUAAUCUUGAUUUUGCAGCAGAUUUUUUUUUAAUUUAUCUUACAAAAAUACCUUACUUGUAAUGCUGAAUUGCUGUUGACUAUAAAAAUGAUUUUUAACUGUCUGCGUCACAAUCCUGAGACUGAAACUUGGUAUGUGACAAGAAAAAUAGUUCCUACUGAUUCCUGUAGGGAGAGACAGGGCAAGUAUCAGAAUUCACACAGAUUUGACAUCAGACUUCUUUGAUGGUUCAAGAGAUCUUCAGUGGGAUAGAGGAGUGGCCAAAAAAUAUCUUUUUGCUUUUUUAGCAAUCCAAAAAUUAGUUGAAGUAGUGACCUGAUAACAGCAUCUGUAUAUCCAAGAAUGGAAUUUUCAAUAGUUAGAUCUAACACAGAGGAUUUUUAGGAUGAUGAUGCUGGUGAAAUUCUGUCAGCAUGUUACUGUUGCCCAACUAUUUGGAAAUGAAAUCUUCUGAAUUGUCCUCCCAGACAGAGAGAUGCAUGGAUGGUUGUGGUGAGAGGUGAGUUAUACAUUUAGACUAUUUCUGAGGAUGCAGGUAUUCUCUAGACUGCCAUUCAGAUUCAUUCAUAGGUGCAUGUACGUGUAGUGUGUGUCUGUACGCAUAUCUAAUCUAUCUGCAGCAUCCAGAAGGUUGAACCAUCUGAAACAGCAUUAUUGUAAAGUUAUAUGUCUGACCUAAACCCUCAAAUGCUAAGAGUAAAAGCUGAAGAUCUAACUUGCCAUCCCCUUAUGCAGAAUUCUUAUAAAAUAGAGCUGCUGGAGUGGUGCCUGUAGCUAAAAUGUCCUUGGAUUUCUGUGUUUAAGCCAGAGCUAGAAUGCAAUGCCACAUACAAUGCUGUUGCUUUUUCAAUUGUAUUUAAAGACAACACUUCCUCCACAUACAUAACAUGUAUUCAAGCAUCCUGAAUUCCCACUUUGCCAAUGGAUCAUAAAGGUUUUUGGAACUUCCAGGACUACUGGUUAGAAUGUAAAGUGGCCCACCUGGUACAAUAAAUUUGGAAGGUGACAGAUCAAGAAACCAAACUGUUCUCUUAAAUAAGUAUGCAUUUUGCCAUCAUGGGCAUCGGCCGGCAAAGAUUUAUAAAGGGUCUUGUGACAAUUUUAAAAAUAGGAGGGACUAAUAAAUGCAUUGCCAACAAUUAACAGUGUACUUGUAUUUUCCAGAUUGCCAACCAAAUGAGUGUUUAGGAGGAUGAGGAUAGUAUAGGUACAAGUAAAUUGUGGCCUCAAACAUCGAAGUUUAAAAUGCUCAUUUGCCAGAACAGAAUUUUUAAACACAGCUAAUUUCAAUGGUUCUGCAAAAGCUCUGAUACGUACUCAUAUAGUGCUUUUAUACACUAAUCAUGCCCAGGUGAGACCAUAACAACUACAACUAUCUUGUUCUGCUCUAUUGGGAUGUGGGUGAUUCCCCUGUGCAGGGAUCUUGUUCCACAAAUCCUACUGAAAUCCUUGCAGCAAAACAAUCUGCAAAUGCUCAGUUACCCCAUUAAUAAGAGAACAAUUUGGUCAUUGUUAAAUAUAAAAUUAAUUUAAAAUUGUAACAGUCAUUGACCUGACAUCCAUAUUAGGAGGCUAAGGAGAUGUCUAAAGCCAUUUUUAGAUGUAAUGCGAAAGGGGAGAAACAGCUAAUUGUCACUUCCUUUUUUUCCCACCAUGCUUGUAAUGCAAAUUAAAAGUAAUGGAUGUUGUGGCUACGGAGACUGUGGACCAAGGUGACACUCACAGUUAACUGAUAGGCUAGAAAUGGCAAAAGCUGGAACCUGUUUAGAUCUUGAGGGCUUGUAGAAUUCAAAGCCUUGUUGAACAUUUUAGGUGUUAUUCCAUGCAGGGCAGGGAGGUUUUUCAUCCUUAGAAAACAUCAUCUUUCUCAAGGAAAGCCCUUUAGAAGUUGGCAGUGAAGGAGGGAUUUGAUAGCAGCCUUCAACUACCUGAAGGGGGGUUUCAAAGAGGAUGGAGCUCGGCUGUUCUCAAUAGUGGCAGAUGACAGAACAAGAAGCAAUGGUCUCAAGUUGCAGUGGGGGAGGUCUAGGUUGGAUAUUAGGAAACACUAUUUCACUAGGAGGGUGGUGAAGUACUGGAAUGGGUUACCUAGGGAGGUGGUGGAAUCUCCAUCCUUAGAGGUUUUUAAAGCCUGGCUUGACAAAGCCCUGGCUGGGAUGAUUUAGCUGGGGUUGGUCCAGCUUUGAGCAGGGGUUUGGAGUAGAUGAUGUCCCUUCCAACCCUGAUAUUCUAUGAUCCUAUGAUACAGAAGUUCCAAACAUCUCCAGGUCCCUUCACCUGUAUAGCAAACCCCUACAAAGAUAGGAGUUCAAACGUGAAAGAAGGAUAUGCUCUGAACUAUUUGUGGCGUGAAUGAGAGAACACACACAAUAGUGACUCUGAUAUCCAGGAGUCUCUCAUACUGCCAUGGAUGGAAAGUGUGUGUGUGUGUGUGUGUGUGUGUGUGU